UUGUUGUAUCACUAACUAAGUAAGGCUACAACUUUGAGUCAAGUUUGAAUGGAUUGUCAAAUAUUUAUAGAAAAUAUCGAGUGACUUUUCCUCGCCAAGCUAAAUGAUCUGCUCUAAAUGUGCUCUAAAUGCGCUUAAGCAAUCUGCUUUGGAUUGUUGCACUAUUUAUCGUCCUAUGUGCAGACGGCGCCCUUCAGCAGCCCAGAAUGAUCGGAAAACGAGAAGAUUUUCAAUCGCGACCCAAUGCCGAUUACGAAUAUGUGGACGCGACGCUUGAUGAUCAAUUGAAGCGCCUGGGACAGUAUGACCUCAAAAGCUGGGAUGCAACGUCUGACGAUGGCGGAUUUCAGCGGGUUACCCAAUGUGAUUCAAUGACACCCACGACCAGCUGUGAAACCUUUGAACCACCUUGCAGCACCACUUGCCAGCCACCCACACCGCCACCACAAGGAGCCGACUGUGAUCAGUUUCAAGCGAAUCAGAACUCGGCCUUGCCACAGCAGCAGCAGCAACAACAGCAGCAGCAACAACAGCAGCAGCAGCAAUAUCCGCAGCAGCAACAGCAACAAUAUCCGCAACAACAACCACAGCAGCAACAAUUUGCGCCCGCUGACAUGGAUGAUUCGGAGCUGCGUGGUCGGGAGCUGCGCAAGUUGGUGCAACAUUUGUAUGUGGCACAGGCACGUGUCCAGCUGGAGGCAACGGAGAUACACAAGGCACAGGCGGUGGCCAGUUCAGCGCAGGCACAGCUUGAGGAUUCGGCGAAUCAUGUGCGCACCAUCACGGCCACGUUGCACAACGCCCAGCAGGAGGUGGCAGCUGCUGCCAUUCGAGCUCAGAUUGCCCAACUGCAGCUGGCGGCGCACGAUCAGCUGCUUUUUGCUGCUCGCCAGGAUGUGGACUCGCUGUCCUCGCAAGUGGUUGGCCUGCAGGCAGCCGAGGGCAUUGUGCAGCCCAAGUUGACAGUCGAUCUCCAUGCGCUGCUCGACAAGCUGCGACAGCCGCUGCAACACUUCGAUCGACCCACGCCGGUGCCAAUGAUCAUCACGCCGCCUCCACUGAACGAAGCGCCUCCUCAGCCAGCACCCGACAGCGGCGAGGGCGUGGUUGUGGGCGUGUCCAAUGAGGGUGAGCCCAUUAGCAACAACAAGCAAGUUGACAAGCAGCAGGAGCAGGCGAAGGUUGCUCGAGAGGCGAUCUACUCCUAAUCAAUUCCCCCGAUAUCCUCUUCUAUUUAUAUAUUUAUUUAUUUUUGUAUUCAUCAGUUUUCUCUGUAAAAAU